AUGACUCACCUGGGCAUCAGUAACUCUCCAGGUUUGCAGAACACACGGAGCAAUCCACCCAUUCAAGCAACACUGAACAACACCUCACUUGCCUCUUCUAUAAACAACCAUGGUCCUCCAUCUGGUCGAGCCAAUGCAUCCCUUCACCCAUCUCUUCGCCUGGCCUCCCUUAGCAACCCUUCUCUACCUACUACGGCUGCGCUUGGCAGUUCCCCAAGACGCAAGCAAACUCCCGUCAGCCCUCUAACCUUGAUACCAGGCAGUGAGCCAAUCCGGUGUGUUAGUGGCCAGUUUUCACCUACCAGCCCCAUGAGCAUGGCAAGCUCUCAGGGAGUUGCUAUGGACAGGAGUCCUCUUUCUUUGCCUCCACUGGAACCUCCUCCACCUUAUCCUUUGUACCAAGACCAGUCCCAGCAUCCACUACAAAUACACGAUCCUCACGAAUCACAAAAUUUACAGCCUCCCUCACCUGUGCCGUGCCCUCCUCUGGAUCUCAAUUUGGCUAAUAACUCUUUCAGUGGCUUCUUUGCCGAUGCCUUCCAUGAUCAGCAACAACCCAAUAGACUAGGAAAGUACCUGUGGCACCAGCAAGAGCCAUAUGAUAUGUAUGAAAGUCUGAGCAAUUCCCUACCCAACACCAAUUUCUCUGAUCCGAAUAUGAAUCUCCAGUACUCCCAGGCAGCCAUGAUGGGACGAGGAGGGAGCCAUGGAAACCUCCAGGAUCCCUACCAGCUGCGGUCAAGCUACUUGUAUUCCACCUGCGGGGGGAGUGUUCCGAACAUCAUCUUAACAGACGAUACAAGCAACAGUUUAUCGAAGGACAUUGGAAGUGCGGUAGCAGGAGUUUCCGAGCUGGGCUUCGACACAGAUAAUACAUUUCAGUUGGAUGACGAGCUGAAACUUGGACCUCUGAGUUUGGAUGGUCUGAACAUGUUAAGUGACCCUGACAUGAUCCUACCAGACCCCACAAUAGAGGACAGUUUCCGUUCCGACAAGCUGUGA